UGUCUAGUGUCGCCUUACAAAACGGAUAAGCUUGUUCCACAAUAUCCACAUUUUCUUGCAACUCGCUUUAUUCUACACCGAAUUUCUUUUCGCUUGGUUUUCUGAGUUCUCUACGUAGUUUUAAACCGAAAAUGGUGGUGCUUACACGCAGUGCAGCCAAGUUGAAGGAGAACCAAGUGGUCAAGCCUUCUAAGCCAGAGAUCGCGGUGACUGACCAGAAUCUCCGGGCUGCGUCCAAAGAACCUCCGGCGCCCAAGAAGAAUGCGAAGAAACUGCCGGAUGUACGAGAGUCCGCCGACGUGGCUGUAAAUCUUCCCAAGACCCUGGUAUCUGAGGUACAAUCUCAUAAGACACAGGCAGCAGAUACAAAAAAAAAGGGUGAAAAGCAGCCGGCUUCCAAAGUGAGUUCCACAAUCGAAAGUCCUGAAGCAGCGACCAAACAAAAUGCAAUUUCAAAUAUGAAGCCCAGCGAAAAGAAGUCGACAAAGAAGCCGAGGUCCAAGAAGUGCCUGUCCAAAGACACGCUUGCGGAGAUGCCCAUCCAAAAAGCUGGAAAAGAUCACACCAAACAUCCAGCCAAAUAAUUUGUAUCACGUUGCGUUUUGUUUUUCCGUUUUGAGUUUAUUUUUCUAAAUUGAUUUUAAGCAUUGGGUUUUCAAAGUGAAUGCCACAUAAAAGGUAGCACUUAAUUAAUGAAA